ACCCAAGCCGAUCUCCGCCUUCUCUCGAGUCUCGAGUCUUCACCUUCUCCCUCACACGAGAGCGCUCCCCUGCAUUCUCAGCUCCCAGUAGGCGGGAAACUUUCUCGAUCCUCCCAUAUCGGUUCUUGCCAUGGCCGCGAAAUCUUGGAACCCGUUCUCGUGCUGCGUCGGCGGCGCCAGGGUGGCGGACGACGGCGACGACUGCAAGCGGCGGAUCAGGCGGAGUGCCAAAGGCUGCCCGAGGUCGUCGUCGAGGAUGUCCUUCAAGAGCCUCAGCUCGUCGGGGACGCUGUCGCCGGAGGACCUGUCCAUAACGCUCUCCGGCUCCAACCUGCACGCCUUCACCUACGCCGAGCUCCGCGCCGCCACGGGGAGCUUCUCGCGUGCCAACUACCUCGGAUGCGGCGGCUUCGGCCCGGUCUACAAGGGCGCCGUCGACGACAAGCUCCGCCCCGGGCUGGCCGCGCAGGCCGUUGCCGUCAAGUACCUCGACCUGGACUGCGGCACACAAGGACACAAGGAGUGGCUGGCAGAGGUUUUCUUUCUUGGGCAACUGAGGCACAAGAACCUGGUGAAGUUGAUCGGCUACUGCUACGAGGACAAGCACCGGAUGCUGGUCUACGAGUUCAUGAGCGGCGAGAGCCUGGAGAAGCACCUCUUCAAGAGCAUAAAUGGCUCUCUCCCGUGGAUGACAAGGAUGAAGAUCGCUGUCGGCGCGGCCAAGGGCCUUGCCUUUCUUCAUGAUGCCGACCCGCCGGUGAUCUACCGCGACUUCAAGGCCUCCAACAUCUUGCUUGACUCGGAUUACAACACCAAGUUGUCCGACUUCGGGCUGGCCAAGGAUGGCCCCCAGGGUGACGCGACACACGUGACAACAUGUGUCAUGGGGACACAUGGUUAUGCAGCACCGGAGUACAUCAUGACGGGCCACUUGACAGCCAAGAGCGAUGUAUAUAGCUUUGGAGUAGUGCUCCUCGAGCUCCUUUCUGGGUUACGGUCGGUGGACCGUUCACGACGGCUGAGAGAGCAGAACCUCGUGGACUGGGCUAGGCCAUACCUCAAGCGCUCCGACAGGUUGUACAAAGUCAUGGACCUAGCUCUCGAGUGCCAAUACUCAUGCAAAGGCGCCGAGGUGGCAGCACUUGUGGCAUACAAGUGUCUCAGCCAAAACCCGAAGUCAAGGCCUACCAUGAGGGAGGUGGUCAAGGCCCUCGAGCCGGUCCUUGGCAUGGAAGACUUCUUUCCUGUGGGCCCAUUUGUGUUCACGGUCAUUGUGGAGGAGGACAAGGUAGUGAACAUGAAGGUGGAGGUUGAGGAGAAGCACCAACAACAUCGCCAAAACCAUCAAGACAGGCACCGAAAGAAGUACCCCGACUCGGCAAUCCAUGCCGGCAUUGUGCUCCGCCGACGUGAUGGGAUUGCGCAGCGGUAGCAACCAAGGUCGUUAAGCUACCAUCAGGAGAGGGGGGCAUAGGACUAAGGUAGCGGAGUGAGUAGGACAAAAUGGUAUGUACAUACUGUAGAGAUGUGAUGCAAUGUCACGUCGGUUUGUUUUGGGUAUGUGGAUUGUGUUUCUUUUCUUCUUUAUUCUUUUUGGAAAGGCCUCAAGGGACUUAGGCCUACCUUUCUUCUUGAUAGUGUAUAGAGAUGCAAAACAGUGUGACAAAAGUCCGAUUUUGAUUUUCACAAGGGUUGUCCUUCAAGAUGUUCCGUGCAAAUGAAUGGUCCAGUUAAUGUGGAUGCGAAUGCAUCUUUCAGUUGCACUUCUAAAAUUUUAGUACAAUAAUUG